CCUUAUGUUACUUCUAUCUGAAACUCGUGCCUUGCAAAACGUCCUUCAGCACCCACUAGGACCUGAGCCCAUCCUUCCUUGCUCACAAUAUUCCUUUCAGCUAAUGGCUACCUCCUCCUCUCCUUCUUCCCCUUCUUCGUUUGCUCCUUCUUUCCCAUCCCCGCCUGCAUAUUCAGCGCAUUCAUCUUCGAGUCAGCUCUGGAAAAUCAAGAAUGCUAAGUACCGGUCCACUUUCGUGAAGAAGGGCCAGCCGAGUGUAGAAGAUCUCCAGAACCACCUUGAAUACAUCAGAGAUCCGCACUUUACAAGCGCGGUCAGUGAAUAUACAUAGCAUUUGAACCGGACAACUUCUAAUGUCUCCUCACAGUACGGUCCAGAGCACAUAUCAC